AUGUCUCAACGUCUUGGUUCUUUUUCGUAUGAAGAACAAUGCAAUUUAAAAGGUAAGAGACCAACGCCACAUUUAUCAUUAGAAUAUAAAGAAGCAAAAACUUUAAGAAAAUUUCAAUUGUCUUGGUAUUCAAAAUUUAACUGGUUAGCAGGAAGCGUUGAAAGAAAUAAAUUAUUCUGUUACAUAUGUGUCUUGUUCAGAGGAGAGAAUGAGUGGAGUAUAAAUAGCAUUCCUAAUAUUAAAAAUUUAGUUCGUAAAGCUGAAAAACACCAAAUUUCAAAAAAACAUCUGACUAACAAGGAAAGUUUUCAUAUGCUGGGUAAAAAUAGGAUUGAACAUUCAAUAUCUGAGAGUCGUCGGUUAACUGCAAUUAAUCAUAAUAAACAAGUGGACAUAAACAGAAAGAUAUUAGCUCGUUUAAUCGAUGUAGUUUGUUUUUUAGGGAAACAAGAAUUGGCAUUCCGCGGACAUCACGAGAAUGAAGGUUCUUUAAAUAAAAGAAAUUAUUGUGAAAUUUUAGAUUUACUUGCUAAGGAAGAGCAAUUUAUAAGAGAACACUUUUGCAUAAAUUCUGUUUUUAAAGGAACUUCACAUGACAUACAAAAUGACUUGAUCCAUUGCGUAACUACGGUAUUAAAUUCUCAUAUUUUAAAAGAACUAAAAAUUACAAAUUUUAUAUCAAUACAAGCCGAUGAAACUACGGAUGUAUCAUGCCAAUCUCAAAUGAGUUUAAUUUUUCGUUAUAUUCUGGACAAUAAGAUCGAAGAAAGAUUUAUAGGAUUUUUUGAUGUUUCCAAAAAUAAGACUGCGGCUGGUUUAUCCGAAGUAAUUCUAAAUGAACUUUCAAAGUGGAAUAUUGGUAAAAAAGUUGUGUAUCAAACAUAUGAUGGUGCUUCUGUUAUGGCUGGUGAAAAAAAUGGGGUUCAGUCAAUUAUACAAAAUAUUUAUCCAAUGGUUAUUUUUAUACAUUGUUACGCUCAUCAAUUGAAUUUAGUUCUACUUCACGGCGCAAAAUCAAUAAAAGAUGUUAAAUUAUUUAUAGCAAACCUUACUAUGUUCCACACAUUUUUUAGUAGAUCUUCUAAAAGAAGUUCUUUAUUAAGAGAGCAAGGAUUUAAAUUACCAAAUCAAUGCAAUACACGUUGGAAUUAUCAUUCAAGAGCUGCUUUAACUAUAAAAACUCAUUUCAAUGAACUAAAAAAUGCCGUAUCUCAUGUAGUUGAUGACCCUGGCUGGGAUUCCAAUUCUGUUUGUACUGCAUCUGAUGAGCUUCAAGAAGUAUAUCAAGAAGUCACGAAACUUAUUCAAUUAGUAUUAACUAUUCCUGCAACAACAGCCUCAAGUGAAAGAUCCAUGAGUACUUUAAAAUGUAUCAAAUCCUUUUUAAGAAAUUCAAUGACAAAUGAUAGGCUUUCAUCUUUGUCUACUUUAGCUAUUGAAAAAAAAAUGUUAGGUGAAUUAUCAAAAGAUCCAACGUUUAUCAACAAUGUUGGUCCUAUUAUACAAAAGCAAAUUACAACUAUGAGAACAGCUAUUCCUGCAGCAAUAAAAUUGCAAAUUAAGGAAUUAAGACGUAUUAAUUACCUUUUUGACGAUAUAAUGUCCCAAUUAAAUUCCAAAUCAAACAAUCAAACACCUUCAGAAUUACCACUAAAUAAUGGUUACAUAGUAACAAGUAGUGGUAAACAUGAAUAUCCAGAGAACGUUGUUCCUAAAAAAUUUGUAGGACUUUCAGUCAACUUUUCAAGCUUGGAAAAUCCAAAGAUAUUGGAAAUUUUGGUCGACAUGUGUUGUCCGAUGAAACACUGUUGA